AUGGGGACACGAUUCAAAGGUGACACCAAAGACCCGGCGGUCAAUGUCACCACAUGGUUUCUUUUGGUCACGAUCGGUUUCAGUGUCUCUGCUCGACUCGUAACGAAAAUUCGACUGUUCAAAAGGCUCACCACGGAUGAUCUCCUGAUCAUUACGUCUCUGCUUUUCGCCAUCGGGCAGAGUAUUGUUGUUUCGCUGGCAGUUGGGUCCGGUUAUGGAAAGCAUUUCAAAGAUGUCUCCAGCGCCGAUAUGGAACAGGUAAUGAAAAACCUUUUCGCCGGGUCUCUUCUCUACCUCCUGAGCCUCACGUUUUCGAAACUAUCUCUAGUCGUAUUUAUCCGGAGUCUUACACCAUCUGCCAAAGAUAAAUGGCUCGCUCGAGGCGUCGAGGCUAUUGUAUAUGCCUGGGCAGCUGUUGUGAUCAUUGGAACUGCAUUCCAAUGCUCUCUGCCCCAUACAUGGGAUUUUCAGAACGGCCAAUGCUUUAACCUGUUAACUUGGCGCUACUUUAUCGCUAUCUCCAACAUCGUUACCGACCUUUUGAUUGUCACUCAGGCGAUGAUUCUGAUUUCUAGCGUCCAAACGACGCUGGGGCGACGCCUGGUUUUUGCGGGUAUCUUCCUACCUCGGCUCUUUGUGACAAUCGCAACGAUCGUCGAGCUUGCCUUCAUUAAGAAUGGCACGAAAACCAACGACCCAACGUUUCAAAUGUGUGAAAUCACCAUUUUCGAAGUGAUCAUUCAGUGCCUCAGUAUCGUGACGGCCUGUUGGGGACAACUCAGCCCCUUCCUGUCCUGGAUGCGAUCGAACGGGCUCAAGCUUGAUGGCGUGGAAGAACCGACCUCUUGGAGCUCCAAGAUACGCUCUCAAUCACAGGGGGGUCCAAUUCGCGGGACCGCAAGACCAGGUUCGAGAAUCGCAAAGACUUCCCUUUGCCGAUGCGACGAGAUCAAAUUUUGGUCACGCAAGAUUGGGAGGUCGACAGCCAGUCAAGCCAGACACACAUAA